AUGACUUGGUUUCCAAAAAAAAAUCAUUUGGAAGUUGUGCAGCUUUUGAUGGAUCUCAGAGGUGCUUAUCAACAUCUGCUACUUGAAUAUCGAGAAAAAAUUGAAAAAUUGAAAGAUAUGAAACAUGAGGCUCAAGAACAUUCUGCAGCAAUUGAGGAGCUGGAAGAUGAAUUAUCAGAUUACAGAAAAAUUCCAUAUUGCAGAUUCGCCAAUCAAAUUGCAGAAGUCACAAGACUCAUACAUGGCAACGAUCAAUUGGAGGCUAGGACUACCAACAAUGAGGAAAUCCUCGGCAUUCUCCUCGAGGGUAACAAGGAAUUCAAGGAAAUAAUGGACGAGCUUAAGACUUUGAACAAAGAUAAUGCGACGAAGAUCGCACGGCUCGAGGCACCAAGUUGCAAGACUUCCGGAAAACGCUGGUCUUAUACCUGCGUAGUUCCAUCUGCAGAUGUCUUCUAUACUCUUUAUAAUAUGGACGCCGCGACUGAGCUCGCAGCAAAGAAACAGUGGAAGCAGAAGAAAAUUAGUAUACAGGGCUUCAAAGAGAUCGUCGGUAGUUGCUUUGUCAAGAUUCGAUACAACUCCUUGGAGCUCGUUGGCAAAGAUGUCUUUUUGAAAUGGAAUGCAGGAGCAAACAGCUUUACUGUCAGUGGGAAAUACGGUGUUACCGCCAUAGCCUACCUAGAGUGAACUUCUAGUUUCUAGUUUCUUCUUUAUUUUUCUAUCUAAUGCUGAGGGGGGUUGGAUAUCACUGGAGAUAUUCGUUCAUUCAUGGGGGUAGCAAGCUCAAAUUGUACUAUACGGCUCAAGUUAUUAUAAGUGAUGAUAUUAUCAUUGUGAAAUUGGAAAGAAAGAGCUUCUCAAGACGGUUGCUUCGUAUUAUGUACACAACAUCCUGGACAUGCUGUGAGAGGUCAUUUAUCUGAGGAGAAGAGUUUCUGGACCAUUAUGUUGAAACAAUUUAGUUCAAAU